CAGCCGUGUUGUUGUCGCAGCAGCUCAGCUGAUAUUUAUCCAGAACCAGCAGAAAGAGACAGAGGAUCCUUCCGGCAGGCUGUAACACUCUCCCCGCUGCUGCUGUUUGUUUGUUUAUUGUUGUUGUUGUUCCCGAGCGUCGCCAUCAUGAACGUGACGCUCGCAGUGAAGCAGUACAUCUCCAAGAUGAUCGAGAACAGCGGGCCCGGGAUGAAGGUGCUGCUCAUGGACAAGGAGACGACCAGUAUAGUGAGUGUGGUGUACACCCAGUCUGAGAUCCUGCAGAAGGAGGUUUACCUGUUUGAGCGAAUCGACUCCCAGAACAGAGACAGCAUGAAGCACCUGAAGGCCAUUUGUUUCCUCCGACCCACCAAGGACAACGUAGAACACCUGAUCCAGGAGCUGAGGAGACCAAAGUACAGCGUCUACUUCAUCUACUUCAGUAACGUGAUCAGUAAGAGUGAGAUCAAAGCUCUGGCUGAAGCUGAUGAACAGGAAGUCGUGGCUGAAGUCCAGGAGUUUUAUGGAGACUUCAUCGCUGUGAACCCUCACCUGUUCUCCCUCAACCUGCAGGGAGUCGCCAGGGGUCGGAGUUGGGAACCCUCCAUGUUGUCUCGCUGCACUCAGGGUCUGACCUCCGUCCUGCUCGCUCUGAAGAAAUGCCCGAUGAUCCGCUACCAGCUGUCCUCAGAUAUGUCCAAACGCCUCGCUGAGAGUGUCAAGCAAAUCAUCACAAAGGAGUACGAGCUGUUCGACUUCAGAAAGACCGAAGUUCCUCCUCUGCUGCUGAUACUCGACCGGAGCGACGACGCCAUCACGCCGCUGCUCAACCAGUGGACGUAUCAGGCGAUGGUCCACGAGCUUCUGGGUCUGAACAACAACAGGAUCGACUUGUCCAGAGUCCCGGGAAUCAGCAAAGACCUGAGAGAGGUGGUUCUGUCUGCGGAGAACGAUGAGUUCUACGCCAACAACCUGUACCUGAACUUCGGGGAGAUCGGCACCAACAUAAAGAACCUGAUGGAGGACUUCCAGAAGAAAAAACCCAAAGGACAACAGAAGCUUGAAUCCAUCACAGACAUGAAGGCGUUUGUAGACAACUACCCACAGUUUAAGAAGAUGUCGGGCACCGUGUCCAAACAUGUGACGGUGGUGGGGGAGCUGUCCCGGCUGGUGUCGGAGCGGCAGCUGAUGGAGGUGUCGGAGGUGGAGCAGGAGCUUGCCUGUCAGAACGACCACUCCAACGCUCAGCAGAGCGUUCGUCGGCUGCUGCAGAAUCCUCGUCUGUCGGAGCUGGACGCCGUCCGUCUCGUCAUGCUCUACGCUUUGAGAUACGAACGUCACAGCAGCAGCAUCCUCCCGUCUCUGAUGGACGAGCUGAGCAGGAGAGGAGUGUCCGAACGCCACCGCAGGAUGGUUCAGUCUGUGGUGGAGUAUGGAGGGAAGAGAGUCAGAGGAAGUGACCUCAUCACGCCGACAGACGCCGUCGCCAUCACCAAACAGUUCUUCAAAGGACUCAAGGGUGUGGAAAACGUUUACACUCAGCAUCAGCCGCUGCUUCAUGACACUCUGGAUCAGCUGAUCAAAGGUCGACUCAAAGACAGUCAGUUCCCCUACCUGGGAGCCAGCAGCCUCAGAGACAGGCCUCAGGACAUCCUGGUGUUUAUCAUCGGUGGAGCCACGUAUGAAGAAGCUCUGACGGUUUACAACCUGAACCGCAGCACACCUGGAGUCCGGAUCGUGCUGGGAGGAAGCAGCAUCCACAACACCAAGAGUUUCCUAGAGGAGGUGAUGUUGACGUCGGGUCACAGCAGCGGCAGCGACAGAGCGCAUGGAAGCAGUCGCCAUGGCAGCAGACGCUGAACACAAACACCAGCUCUUCUUCUUCGUCUUCAUCUUCUUUACCUGUCAUCAGAUAAACAACAUCAUUCCCUCUGUCUGUGUCUGUGUGUUUAAAGGAACAGUGUGACAUUUCUGUGAAUCACCUGGACUGUUUCUGUUUCCAAACACGAGGCGGUCAGAACAUUAGAAACGACCUCAACAACGUCUCUGGCGUCCGAAAAGACGACUUCAUGCAGAUCCGUCAUGUCCGACUUUUGCUUUCAGGUGGCUGAGGCUGUAACAGUACGCUGCAUUCACAGUUUAGUCACGUUUUCAAUUCAGCACAUCAAAGUAAAUGAGUUGUUUUGUAAUUAUUUUGUAAAAUGAGUCGCACAGUUAGAGCAGAGAUAGAAUGAACAGAAAUACAACAUGCUUUGUGCAGUAACUCAUCGCACAGGAUUCACAACCAUCGCAGUGUCUGCAAGGCUAACCCUGCUAGCAUCCAGUGGCUAAUCGACAACAACUGGUGCGCUGAUGAAAUAUUGACCUUGAAGCUGUACAUUAUUGUUCCAGGAGGUGUUGAUGUUUCGUACAGUUACAGCCGAAGAAACCAAAAACAUUGUCAAACUAAAUCCGGACCAAACCCCCAUUCUCUCUGAGCAUAAACAUGACAAAUCUUUGAACAUUUUAGCUCUGAGAGAAGCAGCAUCAGGUGUUCGCAACUCCUGCUUUCAGGUCUGAUUCUUGUUUGUUUACUCUCAAACAAAAGAAACAUGUUGUGGAUCUGUGAAUUGAGUGGAAUGUUCCUUUAAAUUGUCUGCGUGACUGAAUGUGAAUAAAACAGAAAUACGACUCG